AACUUGUAACAUGAUUUGAAAUCUCAUUUUACAAUUCGAUACUUUACCGGUCCGAUUCAGAACAGUUCCUCUUCGUACAUACCCAACUCCCCAAGAUAGUUAGAAAAUCUCUGCAAAAUUAUAUUACACUGGCCGAUAACUCCCAAUGACAUGAUUGAUUCGUCUUGUUUCUUCCACCACAUGUCACACAUGCUUGACCUUUGGGAUUUGAACAGCUUAAUAUUGAAAGAACUACCCCGUAAAAGAUUUUAUUUGAUUCUUCGGAAGAUUUAGACCCUAGCCUAGCUGCUCCUGCGGCUAUAAAGGCACAGCGUGCUCUAUUCAUGCAGCGGUGCAAAUCAAACAAAAAGAAUCAUGAGGAUUUUGAGAAGCUCUUCUUCUUCUUCAAGAAUAAAGAUGAAGAUAAAUGGCAAUCGUUAUCCGUCCUUCUUUAGGAUCUACUUGGGUGAAGCCUUUUUCCGGGAACGGAUUCAUGUACCACGUGCUUUCAUGGAUGCACAUGCGGACAAGCUGAGUGAGAGUUCAUGGACCGUGAAGACAGAAAAGGGAGGGUCCAGAAAAAUGAAGAUAGAAAGACAAGGAAGCGAUUCAUUCUUCUGCAAAACAGAUUGGGAAGAUUUUGCUACCGAUCACAACCUAGGCUAUGGAGACAUUAUUGUGUUUUUCCUAGUUGGAAAAUCUGAGUUGGAUGUUCUGCUUUUUAGCCAAACCACUUCUUGCGGCAUUGAUAAUAAAGGUAUCUUACCUUAUAACAAUGGAAGUGCUGAUGGAAUUGAUGCAUUAUCUCAUGAUGAUGAAGAGGAGGAUGACAAGAAAGAUAUUGAAAUAAUCCCAACAAAGGCAACAAAGUCCAAGAGGAACAUGGCAUCGCGUUCCAAUGGCAGAAAGUCAAAAGUAACAUCUGAAAAUGAAGUGAAUUGGACAGAGUGUGAGAGUGAAGCAGAGGGAGUAAAGAUUCAAAGGUUCAGUAAUGUCAAUCUCUCUGCUCCGUAUCCUUACUUUGAAACCGUUGUGAAGCAGAGCCACGCGGAUAAAAGUUACAUGUUCAUCCCUAUGGAGUUUGCACGCAAGACGGGAAUUAUUGAUGCAAAAGAAGUAAAACUGAUGAUGAGAAGCCGUGGAGGGCAAUAUGAGAAGAGUGUGAGAGUGGGGAUUUCGAGAUUGGAUAAUAGGGUCCAUAUGACCGACGGGUGGAGGUCAUUUCGGCGCGUCAAUCGUAUCAAAGCCGGGGACGAGUGCUCAUUUACUUUGGUUAAUCCCAACACCAAAGGAGUAAUGCGGCUAAUGGUAAAAAAACUUUCCAAAUGACAAGAAAAUAUUUGGAGUUUUGCUUCUGUACACCCCGCUUUACACGUCGUCUUACACGUCGCCUUACACGCUCAAAUUUAAUUGUAUAUGUGUAGACAAUUGUGUUUGGGUUUAGUAAAGGAAAAUGGUUGUGAUUCCGAAUUGUCUGUACACACAUUUCAUUUUUUGGAGUCACAAAUAUUUCUCUUUACUAAAACAUAAAUGUAAUUGUCUGUGAGUAUGCACAAUUACACUUGAACGUAUAAACCUACGUGUGACCCAACGUAUAAACCUACGUGUGACCCAACGUGUACACGAACCAAAACUCAAAUAUUUGUGGUCAGGUCAUCCUAUUUGUGUCGCCUUUUUUGGUAUGUGUGUAAUUUCAUGUGCCUGUGUACGUAUUUGGUGCGUUUUUUGGUUGACUUAGAUGUCCGUACGUAAGACCUUCAAAUUGGCAGCCGCAUGUUUAAGACAUAAAGCACAUAAUUUUGAUCCGUUGUUUGGUCUUUUAAAUUGCAUUCCUCUUUUACACUCUUA